GAGUGUUUGACAGUAGCUAUACUUACGUCAGUUCCGUUCCGCUGUGAAAAUUUUAUAUAGGCAAUUAACGUAGGAUAAGUCUUAAAUACGGGAUUUAAUUUUAAAAUGACAUUUUUUCGUUACGUGUAGUGUAGUGUACAGAUGUAGAUGUUAAGUGUUGCAAUAUCAAUGAAGAUUGUGGCGCCCUCGUGACAGGGUUUUUUUAUUUUUAGUCAGGCUUUACAUAAAAACAGGUCCGAGAAAUAUAUUGCAUUGAAAAAAUUGUAUUCACCAAAGUCUUCGAGGAAUCACAGACUUGUCAGUUCUCGAUGACCAAAGUAAUCACUAUAACUGUAACAUACUCUUGGUCAUGCAUUUGACACUUUGAAGUGAAGUUUGAAAGAUUUGUUAUUUUGUUUGAAUAACCUAAGAUUUUAACCAAAUAAAAUGAAUAUCGGAUUGUUUUGAGUGCUAAUAACGUAUUACUGUAUCAAUGAAGUCGUUAUUACGCCGCGUGCAAUCGAUUCGUACGGUUACAUUAAACGCACGUACGUGUAGAUUGCAAUCCACUAGUGAUGAAAGUAGCCCGCUUAAAAAGCUUAUUAACGAGGCCAGUACAUUCGGAGAUGUUUCAAACCCUGAGCCAGAGCUGCGUUGGGCGACAGAGCCCUACGCAAGGCUCCAGGCCGUCCAGGAAGCGCCGACGCGCGUAGAUCCGCGCGAGACCAGUGUGCUACUCUUCCCAGGGCAGGGCUCGCAGUUCGUCGGCAUGGGCAAAAAGUUACUCGACUUGCCGGCUGCCCGCGACCUUUACGAGCUCGCUUCAUCUGUAGUUGGGUGGGACGUGCGGCGCGUGUGCACAGAGGGCCCCGAGGAGGAGCUGCAACGCCGCUGCCAGGUGGCCGUGCUGGUGACCUCGCUGGCGGCGCUGGAGCGCGCACGCGAGGAGCGGCCGGGCGCCGUGGAGCGCGUGCGCGCCGCCGCCGGCUUCUCGCUCGGCGAGAUCGGCGCGUUGGUGUUCGCGGGUGCACUACCUUUCGAGCAGGCGCUGCGGCUGGCGGAGCUGCGCGCGGCGGCCAUGCAGGCGGCGGCCGCGACGCGCGCUGGAGGCAUGCUCACCGUGUGGCUGGCGGCGGACGCGCGGCUGGCGGAGGCGCUGACGCGCGCGCGGGAGCACGCGGCGGAGAAGGGCGUGCGCGGGCCGGUGUGCGCGGUGGCCAACUACCUGUACCCGGGCUGCAAGGUGGUGGCGGGCGACGAGGCGGCGCUGACGUGGCUCGAGGCGAACGGACGCGCGUGGGGCGUGAAGCGCGCGGCGCGGGUGCGCGUCGCCGGCGCUUUCCACACGCCACUGAUGGCCACCGCGGAGGACGCGGUGCGGGAGGCGCUGCGUCACAUACAGACGCGGACGCCGCGCGUGCCGGUGAUGUCGUGCGUGGAGGCGCGUGCACUGCGCGAGAGUACGCACGUGCGACGCGCGCUGACGCGGCUGACGUGCGCGCCGGUGCGCUGGGAGCAGACGCUGCACGCGCUGUACGCGCGGCCGCGCGGCGAGCCGCAGCCGCUGACGCUGGCGCUGGGUCCGGGGAGCGCGCUGCGGGCGACACUGCGCCAGGUGAACGCGCGCGCCUGGGACGCCAGCCUGCACGUGGACGUGUGAGCCGCGCCCGCAGAC